AUGUAUGAACAUAUUUUGCAGUAUCGAUGCCCAAAUUCUUUUCUCACUCAAUUUGCUGGUCAAACACAUGAAGAAAGAUUGGAAAACUGUGAUGGUUACAUAGUACAAAGCCAGGAGUACUUUUUUGAGCGAUCUGGUCUUGCCUUUGAGUGUAUCUAUGACUUUUUAACUACUGGCCAUAUUCAUCGACCGGCGUUUAUUUGUCGAGACCGAAUAUAUCGAGAAAUUGAAUUUUGGAAGAUUAGCAGUGGUUUUUUCGCUCCCUGUUGUAUGGUCUUGGAAGAAGACUCCGAUGACGAUGAAGGUCCCGGUGAUAGCUCUGUUGAUUACGAAGAUCAGUUUGAUAAUGUAAGAUACGGUAGAGUUCGGCGAUCUGUCUGGUAUUUGAUGGAGGAACCUAGUUCAAGUAACAUCGCCAAGGUGUUUGCAUUGGCAAGUAUUUCAAUGAUUAUCAUUUCGGUUACUGCGAUGAUAAUGGGAUCACUGCCGGAGCUGCAAAAUGCACCAGAAUCACGCGUCGAUCGUAACGAUACUGUUUCAAGCAAACAUGAUCACGACUUGAGACAGAAUAUUUUUUUUGAUUAUAUUGAAAUGAUUUGUAUCAUAUGGUUUUCAAUUGAAUAUAUUGUUCGUUUUAUUGUCUGUACUCGUAAAUGGCGUUUUAUAGUCCAGCCAUUGAACAUGAUUGACAGUUUAUCCAUCAUUCCAUUCUUCAUUGAAAUAGCUCUUAAUCUUGCAGGCUUUGGGGCGAACAAAAUUGGUGAUUUUCGAGGAAUUGCCAUGAUAAUGCGAGUAAUCCGUGUUAUGCGUGUUGCCCGUAUAUUCAAACUUGCUCGAUAUUCAAACGGCCUAAAAUCGUUUGGAGUCACCGUUAAGACUAGCUUGCCAGAGUUGUCUAUGCUAACCUUAUUUUUGGUAACAGCAAUUAUUUUCUUCUCGACACUGAUGUAUUUUGCCGAACGAGAUGAACCGGAAACUAAAUUUAGGUCUAUCCCACACGCCGGAUGGUGGUACGUUUGCUAUUUCACUAUUUCAUCUUUCAACUUUGCAUUCCCUGGGGUUCCCUUUCCAAUAAAUGAUUUCAGGAAAGUGCAUCUUCAAGAUAAAAUCUAUAUUUUUUUGUUUAGGUGCAUUGUGACGAUGACAACAGUAGGUUAUGGUGAUUUUACUCCUAAAACUUUAUUUGGUCGAAUAAUUGCAAGUUGUGCAAGUAUAUCAGGUGUACUGGUACUAGCUUUUCCAAUAACGAUGAUUGUUGAAAACUUCUCGAAAACUUAUGACACCGAGAAAAAUGAAAUAAAAGCAGUGCAGCGACAACGACGAAUGGCGAAAGCCUAUGCUUGA